AUGUCUUGGACUCCAGUGUACGCCCAAGGAGAGCCCGGCAGCGGCAUCGGAGGAUAUGAUCUCAAGUCAAAAGCUGAUCGUGUAUUUGCACUCGACUACAAUUCCUCCGGUCAACUGGAUCAUCUUUGCCUGUACCGCCCCGGAACAGGAGCUUUCUUCAUCAUACGCAAUCAGGGCGGGACCUUUUCUCCUGUCUAUUCGCAGGGCGAUCCUGGCAGCGGCAUUGGCGGCUACGAUCUCAAGCAUGUCAACGAUGUCGCUUUUGCCUUCGACUACGAAAGCACCGGAAAGCUGGACCACAUUGUCCUUUAUCGCCCCGGAUACGGCGCUAUUUACAUUCUAAAGCGAUCCGGCACCACUUGGGCCCCCGUUUAUGCGCAGGGCCAUUUGGGAAGCGGAAUCGGAGGCUAUGAUCUUAGAAGUGCAAACGAUCGCAUCUUCGCUUUCGAUUAUAACCACUCCGGCUGCCAGGAUCACCUUGCCCUCUACAGGCCGGGAACAGGUGCUUUCUUCAUCUUGAAGAGAUCUGGUACCGUGUGGAGUCCGGUGUACGCGCAGGGUGAUCCGGGUAGUGGUAUCGGCGGAUAUGAUCUGGGCCAGACGGCGGACAGAGCGUUCGCGCUGGACUACAACAGUACAGGCAAGUUGGACCACAUUGCGCUAUACCGACCCGGCACUGGAACAUUCUGGAUCCUCAAGAACUCGAGUGGUACUUUCUCUCCUGUUUACAGCGAGGGCGACCCCGGCAAUGGCAUUGGGGGUUAUGAUCUUGGCAGCGUUAAUGAUGUAGCCUUCGCUUUUGACUGGAACAAGACUGGGAAGAACGAUCAUAUUGUUCUCUACAGGCCUGGAAAGGGUACGCUCUGGGUUAUAGAGCGCUCUGGCACUACUUAUAAAGCGGUGUUUGCCGAAGGUGACCCCGGAAAUGGUGUCGGUGGCUACGACCUGGGCAGUGUCGAGGAUAAGGUGCUGGCUUUUGACUAUGAAGGCUCAAAGAAACCUGAUCAUUUGGUCCUUUACCGUACCAAUGCCACUGGUACAAUUUGGAUUCUCAAGCACACCUAG